AUGUCUGCCUCGUCGAACGAUACGCAAGCCACGCUGCAUGGGUACCUCAAUUCAACCCACGUCUCGUCCAUCCACGCAGAUUGGACUCAACAACCGACUCCGUGGCCAUGGGUAGUUGCGAGCGUCGCGCUCUCCAUCGUUCUCGGAUUCUUUGGCGUCAUGGCCUCCUCGUACCGAUCAUGGGGGGAGCCAAGGCACACCCGGCCCUCCGGUAUCUUCAGCGAAUCCCUCUUCUCCCUGUCCCCGAAUCCUGCACCUUAUCAAUUGAUUCACUAUCGUGGGUUGAGCACGUCCAGCAUGGCCACGGUGUCGUCGCACGGAGAGCGCGACGGACAACAAGCCUACGGAGGAGGCGGCCUCGGGCGUUUCGCCAGAAUCACGGCCGUCUUGGGCAUAGGAUGGUCUACCGUCCGGGCGGCGGCGGCCGUGGCGACAAUGGCACAGAUCACUCGAUCUGGACGAGACCGACACACGUACCCCGGUGUUGCGACCAUCGUGGUGUUGUUUACCUCGGUGCAGACGUACCUGGGCAGCAGGGCUGUUCCUCGGCUUCUAUACCUCCUCAUCAUCGUCGACAUGUGCGCCAUCUACGCGGCCAUGGUUCUUGCUUUGCUCUCCUUUGUCAAGGACAAGGGCACGCGGUAUCAGGAGUUUAGUGUGCUGGGUGGAAACUGCCCCUGCAUGCUGGGCCUCAAGGCGGGGAAAAACAACCGCAUGGAGUCGUGCGCAGGCUUUGGGGAGAAGCUGGUGACGGCCGGUUCGAACUUCACCAGGAUCGGCUGUGAUCCGGCAUACCUGUGGACGAACAGCACGAACGGUGACCUAGCGUUUCCACGAUCAUGCCUUCUCUCCGAGACCGGGACAGGUCAUGACGAGGUCCUCGAUCCGAACCGCAUGACGUACAUGGUUCUGGCCGAGAUCGUGGUCGGUGGCGUGGGCCUGCUGUAUGGCCUGGUUGUGUUGGCAAUUGCAUCGCGCUGGGUUCCUCAAGUUUUAUGCCGCCCAUCUCAGCUCUUGCAAAUGAUGACGCUCGAAGAUACACACACGCACAAGCACAAGCAAGACCGACGCUACGCGGGCGCCCAGCUGUACCAAAGUGUCCAGAGCCACAGGCCCUCGCUCCGCACCCUUAUAAUGACCAUGUCGGCGUUUAGUGCUCUGCUGGCCUUUGCGGCAGUGACUACCGUGGUGCAUGUACUGGAUGAAACGGGGCCCUCAACCGUGUUCUACAUGGAUUCGUUUGGGGAGCUGGUCAACGCCGGAACCAACAGCACGGGCACUGUAGGUGCCAGCUGGAGUGACUGUUUUGUUGUAAAUACCCCAGUCUGGACAGACGGCGGGUUUCGGCAGUGGUGGCACAUCACGCAGAACCGAAUAUUGCGAGCUCUGGCACUUGUUUGA